AUGUCAGAAGAUAUAGUGUCUCAAAGCGACCCUUGGGCUUACAGGGGGCUCCCAAUACACCUUCUUCAAAUGGAAUGCAAGUUAGAAAAUGUAUUGUAAUAGCAAAGUAAAACAAAGAUAAGUCCUUUGGAUAUUCAGUUAUUGCAACAUAUCUAUCCAGUCCUCUCUUGUAAAGUUACCCCCUGUUUUAUUUUCCCAUUUCAUGACAUAAUGGUGGACCUGCAAGACUAAAAUGGAGAAUACAGUAAGCAAAAAAGUUCAUUGAUAUACGUCUCCUUCAGACAAAGGAAUAAUCUCAAGGGCAAAAUUUCCAAGUUGAACGUAUCUGAAAAAGCCAGAAAGGGUCAAAUGAGCUCUGGACCUCAAAAUAUAAAAAGAGAUAAAGGAAUCAUCCAUGGACAAAUCCCUAAGUCUUUGUUAACCAGAACCUCCCACAAAAACCAGAAGGUGCCUUGCGAGGACGAAAGUCUUAGUAGUUAACAGUAUUUAUACCAAAUCAUCAUUGAACUGACAUUGGCUGGACACUAUGUACUUAAAAAGUGGUGACACAUUUAGGAAGUCAUAAAAAAAUUAGGAAGAUCAGACUCUAAACUAUCCAAGUCGGGCUGCCAAUCUAUAAGGCUAGGCAAGACCAGGACUCCCAAAAGUCCUCUGUCUAUGGUCUUGCCAGACAAAAUCUUCUUUUGAAGUCUGGAAGGACCAGAGAUCAGAGUCCACCAGAGGAACAGCCAGAAUCCACGAAUUGAGAGAAGGAUGCCAGAGGUCAAAGGUUGAAAACAAGAAGUGUUGUCAGGGUCAAAGUCAAGAGUCAGAAGCCGAGAAGCUUAUUGGAAAUCAGGAACCAGGGACAAGAAUUAGUAACCAGGAUCAGGAAUCAGGAACAAGAAUCAGGAACCAGAAACAAGAAUCAAGAACCAGGAACCAGCAAUAUGAACCAGGAACAAGAAUUAGGAACCAGGAACAAGAAUUAAUCAGGAACCAGGAUCAGGAUAUUAGGAGACUGUAG